AUGGGCGCAGCUGAACAUGAUCACGCUGCUUAUCGUCGUCAAAAUCAGCUUACUAGUUCGAUGCUUAUAACAAUGGUUGCUAAUUGUUUGACUUCACUUCUAUCGGCUUUUACUUUAUUUAUUGUCAAUUUUCUACCAAUUUCGGCAGAUGUCAUUGAAGGAUUUCAACAAUUGCAAAGAAGUGCAAAUGGCUCAAAUGAUGAUAAAGCUUCUAAGAUAAGUCUUACUCCCGCCGAAUCCUUAACUUUCGUGCAGGAUAUUUUGAUAAGUGUUCAGUACGGAGUGUUGAAUGGAUUAAUCAAAUAA